UAUAUACAUAAAUCCACACACUUGUAUCCAUCUAUCUAUAUCUAUAUUCACUUUAUUAUUCUAUUCUUUCUUUAAUUCAUGUCAGUGACAACCCCUGAUAAAUAUCUUCUGAAAAAGCUUAUGCUUUUAGCCAAUUUGAUUAUAAAAUUGUUGUGGGUUUUGAUUGAUUUUGCAAUAUAUUGUAUGAAUAGGAUGAAGAGGCUUGGAUCCAAAUGUUGUUACUGGAAAAAAGUGAUCCACUUUUUGCAUUCACACCCUCAAUCUUUCUCUCUUCCUGCCCCUCUUCCACAAUGGCCUCAAGGUGAAGGAUUUGGUACGGGGAAAAUUAAUUUGGGAGAAAUUGAAGUUUGUGAAAUUACAAAUUUUGAAUUUAUAUGGGGUUGCAACUUGACACAAGAUAGUAAGAGAGGAAUUAGCUUUUAUAAGCCAUAUGGAGUUCCAAACGGGUACUUUAUUCUUGGUUAUUACUGUCAGUCUAACAGGAAGCCCAUACGAGGGUUCGUUCUUGUGGCUCGGGAAGUUGGUACAUCUGAAAAAGAGGAUUCUGGUAGUAACAACCCUGAUUACGCACCAGCUCUUAUUAAGCCCCUUGAUUAUUCAUUAGUUUGGUGUAUAGAUGAAAGGAGUAAGGAUGGUGUUAAUGGGUGUGCUUACUUCUGGUUUCCUCAAGCACCUGAUGGUUAUAAAGCUCUAGGAUUUUUGGUCACUAACACACCUGAAAAGCCUGAGACACAGGAAAUCAGAUGUGUCCGAGCCGACUUGACAGACAACUGUGAAGCUUAUCGUCAAAUACUAAAAAUCAAUUCAAGAUACUUGCAAUUAACACUAGGAGUCUGGAGCACAAGACCCUGUGAUCGUGGAAUGCAUGGGAAAGGUGUAACUGUGGGUACAUUUUUCUGCAGCAGUCAUUGGAGUUGUGGAGAACUAAAUAUUGCAUGCUUGAAAAACCUGAAUUCUAAUCUGCAUGCUAUGCCAAAUCUCAGUCAGCUUCAUGCGUUAAUUAAUCAUUAUGGACCUACUGUUUUCUUUCACCCUGCUGAAGUUUACCUGCCUUCAUCUGUUUCUUGGUUUUUCGAAAAUGGAGCGCUAUUGUACAGAAAGAACGUUUCACAGGGUGAGAGCAUCAAUUCCGAAGGUUCUAAUUUGCCUGCUGGUGGAACAAAUGAUGGGGAGUAUUGGAUAGAUUUGCCCAAUGAUGCCCGUAGAGAAACCGUCAAGCAUGGAAAUAUAGCAAGUGCAAAACUUUAUCUCCAUGUAAAGCCGGCUUUUGGUGGUACAUACACCGAUAUCGUGAUGUGGGUCUUUUGCCCCUUCAAUGGGCCUGGUAUAUUGAAACUCGAGUUUAUGAAUGUUAGUCUUGGCAAGAUCGGGCAGCAUGUAGGUGAUUGGGAGCAUUUUACUCUCAGAAUAAGCAACUUUACAGGUGAGCUUUGGGGUAUAUAUCUUUCACAGCACAGUGGUGGCCACUGGGUGGAAGUCACUGAUCUAGAGUUCAUAGAGGGAAAUAAAGCUUGUAUCUACUCCUCAAAAUAUGGGCACGCAAGCUUUGCUCAUCCUGGAACUUACCUUCAGGGAUCCUCUAAGAUAGGAAUUGGAAUAAGAAACGACGCAGCUAAAAGUAAUAAUUUUGUCGAAUCAAGUAGCCAGUAUGAAAUUAUAGCAGCGGAGUAUCUUGGUGAUGGAGUUGUUACUGAGCCUUGCUGGUUGCAAUAUAUGAGAGAGUGGGGUCCAAAGAUAACAUAUGAUUCAAGAACCGAGCUUGAUAAAAUUAUCAGGCGUUUACCUCCGAUGUUCAGAAAUUCUGUGAAAAAUGUUUUUGCCAAGUUUCCUAACGAGCUUUCUGGGGAGGAAGGUCCAACAGGACCAAAGGAAAAGAACAAUUGGUUUGGAGAUGAACGAUGGUAGGUUUGUCUAUAAGUAAGAAAUUGUAUCGUUAACACAUACAGGAGAUCCUAAACUGAGGUAGCUAUGUUGGAAAUUUAAGUAAAUAUUGUAUAUAUGCGUGAGAUAGUUAAGGCUUACCAUUGUCACUCGGGUUGAAGGACCAAGCUAUUCUGGAUUCGGGAUAUGAGAACACAGGGAAGAGAAGAAGUUUGUGAAAGCAUUUGGAUAUGAUCACUACAGGCACAGUAAAUAUUCUUCUCUACAGGUACAAUUAAGGAAUAUUGCAGUAGAAAGUCGUUUGAUGUGUGUGAUGGCCUUCUGAUCGCAAACUUACCAAGAAUACAGUAGGCUGUGAAAGAUAGAUUGUAGUUUUUUCAUUGAUUUAUAAAAUAUAAUGCUACCAAAGUUAUUCUUGACAUCCCUUAAAUUUUAUAUCCUCCCCAUGUAAAAAUUUUAGCUGACAGUUAUAAAAGCCGCCCAGUCUCUCAUCGGCUUGGUGCGGAUUUAUAUA